AAACCGGAACAAACAAAAGAAACCAAAGCAAACCGAGCAGCUGUUCAGUGUUUUCGUAUAUUAAGUAAGACAACAUAUAUUUUGUGUAACACGGGAUUAUUUUAGGGACCGACGAGCGGGUUUUAAACGCCAUUGCACCGCAGCCUGGGAAAAGAAAUGGAAAAGAAGAUGAUAGCACAUUAGCCAAAAAAACGGAUUUUAUGUUUUUAUUUUAUUUAAAAGUUAUCCCUUUUAAAUAGUGAACCUUUUAGUAUUUUUUUAUGGUUUUGACUUAAAAUGAAGGGCUCCUUUUUUGUUUUGUCCAGCCGGAGGAGAAGGAGGAGCAGCGGGGCGGCCGGGCUCCUCUAUCCGCUGCUCGGUGCGUGUCUCUGGGCUGCGGUGGUCGGGUACAAGCCGGUGAUCAUAGUGCACGGUUUGUUCGACAGCUCAGGGGAUUUUAAAAACUUACAUCGCUUCAUUAACGAGUCUCAUCCUGGAACAAAUGUCACAGUCAUCGACUUGUUUGACAGAAGUGCCAGCCUGCAGCCCAUGUGGAAGCAGGUCGAGGGAUUCAAGGCAGCUAUUUACCCAAUAAUGCAAAACGCAGAGGACGGGGUCCAUUUUAUCUGCUACUCUCAAGGUGGGCUGGUUUGCAGAGGAAUCCUCUCCACUCUCCCUGACCACAACGUUGAAUCCUUCAUCUCUCUGUCUUCGCCUCAGGCCGGGCAAUAUGGAGACACAGACUACCUGAGGUACCUCUUCCCACAGUUUGUGAAGUCCAAUCUCUUCCACCUCUGCUACACCUCAAUAGGCCAGAGGAUCUCCAUCUGCAACUACUGGAACGACCCCCACCACAGAGACCUGUACGUGAACAGCAGUGAUUAUUUGGCUCUGCUCAACAGCGAGAGACCCAAUCCAAAUUCAACAGAGUGGAAGAAGAACUUCCUAAAAAUUAAAAAGCUGGUGCUGAUCGGAGGACCAGACGAUGGAGUCAUCACUCCCUGGCAGUCGAGUCAGUUUGGCUUUUAUGACGACAACGAGACUGUCGUCGAGAUGCAGCACCAGGAUCUGUAUUUAAGAGAUGUUUUUGGUCUGAAGACGUUGGCGGCUCGUGGAGAUCUGAUCCUCUGUUCUGUUCCCGGCGUUGAACACGUGUACUGGCACUCGAAUGAGACAGUGUUCCACCUGUGCAUGGAGAAAUGGCUGGUGUGAAACAGAACUCUUUUACAGCAUAAACACACACACACACACACACAUACAGGUACACACCCUGCAGUUUUAUAAGCUCUUAAAGGAAUACUUCACCUUCAAAAUGAACAUUUGUAUAUCAGUAACUCAUCCCAUUGUGGUGAAUUUGUGAAGAAAACUUUGUUUUUGUGGUUUUUCUCAACAAUGAAAAGAGAAUCCACAAAAGGCAAAUAUUCUUCAUGAAUUGAAUCUUCAUUUACAAACUCUCACACAACUCAUGCACUAUAAUCCAAGUCUUAUUUAUCCAGUCAUGUGCUCAGUUCUUUCCAAACACAUGCAUCUUCCUGAAUCCAAGGUAACACGCGGUGAGUCACUGAUAUACAAACAGGUUACAUUGCGAGUGAAGUAUUCCUUUAACUUCCACCAUGUGAAAAUCUGCCUCUACAACCACUGUAAAGUAACCUCGCAAACACUUGUGAGCGUACUCUGAACUCUGUAAUCAAAUGUUUUGGAUUACAGUUGUUAGAAAUUACUUUGUAAUUGUACUUUCUGUAGAUACGUUCUGUUUUUUACGCUUAUCCUAGUAACCACAGUGUUACUUUAAAAAGGAAUAGUUUGAUAUAUUUGGGGAAGCACACUUAUUUACUUUCUUGGAGCGUUAGCUAAGAAGACAGAUACCCAUCUCUCAUUUCUGUAUAAUGAAUAUGAAGCUUUAGCCAGUUAGCUUAGCUUAGCAUAAAGACUGGAAACAUAGGGAAAUUACUGUCCAAAGGUAACAAAAUCCACCUACCAGCACCUCUAAAGUAAUUUACUGCCGCAUGUCAGUAAAGUAGAGGGAUUUGUAAAGAGAAUGGUUGAAAAUCAAUGCAGCAGAGGUUGAGAGACACUCUGCUGUUUUCACAGGCUGAUUAGUCCCUCAUGACUGCGUUUGAUGUGUAAAAAAAAAAGUGGUGGAAUGCCCCUUUAAUUUGUAUGAAAGCGUUCAAAUACAGAGCCCAAAUACAUACAGUAUAUAUCCGUGUGUGUGUGUGUGUGUGUGUGUGUGUGUGUGGUCACACAUACCUCAAAACACCACACGACACAACAGUGCCUGAGCGACGUUCUGUCAUCUUGUCUACAUGUACAGAGUCACUGCCCUGCUCAUCUUAUGAUGCAGUAAUUUAUAUCUUUUUAUUUCAUUUUUAACCCUGGGGGUCAUGUUUUUUUUGUUUUUUUUUAGUGUGUACAGUAUAUUUGACAAUGAAUAUCAUGUUCAUUAUCAUGCAGUGCUUUGAUGCUUCAGUAGAUUAAGCCUUAAAUUUUCCCCCUCAUGCCUCAGCGUUCCACGUCCCAUACCGAAGUGCUACAACACACUGCCUUUAGUGAUGGUGCUUAAACUAACGAGGGGUGGAUGUAGAGUGGUCUGAGAGUGGCAGUGUUAUAUUAGUGUUUACUUGUCCACCAGACUAUUGUGCGUGGCGCUCUUUACCUCCCAUCGCAUUUAGAUAUCUCAGGCAUUUGAGCAACCUUCAUGUUCGUCUGUCUCUGUAGGAAAAAGGGAGAGUCGGAUGUUUAUGUACUUUAUAAAUGUUUCUCAAUAGUAGAAAAGGAAUGGAAAUAUCUACUGUGUGAUAGAACAAGAAGAGAAUUUUAAUGUAUGCAUUGCACAAUGUUUAACCGGAUCAAAAGAAGGGAAAUGAUGACGAUUUUAACAGUUGUUAGAUUUGCAGUAUUACUUUAAUGUUGUUGCAUCCUUUGUUUCAUGUAUGCUCGUACAAGUUAAUAACCCAACUGCAUAAACUGUGGAUUUAAGGGAUACUCUCUCUCUCUCUCUCUGCUCAACUUUCUUGCAUUAAAAACAGUAAAUAAAGAUAUGGACAAUUUUUUAAAGACUCAAACAGAAACUCCUAUUUUGACUCUGUCCUACAAUUUCUACAGUAUUUGGUCUGCAAAUGAAACUGUGUCAAAUGUUGUCAAUUCCUCAAUAAAAGACAGUUUUG